AUGUUGACCCUGUCGAGAGCAGUUACGUCCGGUCGCCAUUGCCCACCAGAGUCCGGAGUGCCUGCGAAAGAUGUCGUCGCCAUAAAGCUCGGUGUGAUCCUGUUCGACCUUGCUCGGUCUGUAUCCGAGCUAAAGUUGAUUGCCGACCACUUCCAACGACCCACGCACGGAGGGCCACUCUGCCGAAUGACUACUACCGAAAAGUCGCCGGAUGGAAAUGGCACUGAUCGCCGUGAAAGAAGUCCUGACCAGGGUAGAUUCAUAGAUGUGCACGCUAGCGGCGAUGACGCCGACUUCCCAGCUGGAAGGCGUGAUAUAUCUCCAUCUCUCGACUGCGGUGAAGCCGAAUCCGCCAUUGGAAUUGCUCGAAGAAUCUGUCAACUUGGCAGCCAUAACAUUGAUGAACAAACCACAUCCGCCAUACCAGGGUAUCAAGCCAGCACUGGUAAUUCAAUGGCAAAUUCAGCAACUGGCCAGCGCAUUCCGAUAUCUUCUAUCUUGAGUCGGCCGUUCCCUCCUAUGGAACUUGUAUACAGUCUGUUGGAAGACUAUUUUGAUGCCGUACACUGGUUUUCUCUCGCCGUGUACGAGCCAAAAUUUAGGAAGAGUCUCCUUUCCAUCGCGGAUGGUUAUGCAUAUCCCUCGCAAAGGCCGUUUCUCGUGCUGUUGGCCAUGAUGCUUGCAAUGUCAUCGUGGUACCGGUCUCAGAAGAGUUGCGCUGAUCCGGCCGACAACAGCGAUUAUAUGGAGAAAUUGAGUGCAGACUUGUUGGGGCUGGUUGAAUCAAUUCUAUUGGAAUUAAUGGAUCAACCUUCAGUCACCUCCGCCCAGACCUGCAUUCUCUUAGGAUCGCAUCACGUCUAUCACGGCCGUCCAAACCUCUCCUUUUCUUUAUUAGGAGCGACUAUAAAGAUGUCUCAAUCUUUAGGAAUGCACCGGGGACUUGUACGGGGAGAUUUCGAAACUAUCGAAGAAAGGAAAAGAGUGUGGUGGACAAUCUACACAUGGGAUAGGUUCGCGUCAAUUACCUAUGGCCGGCCAUUGGGCAUCAACGACAAGGAUUGCAACCUUGACAUGCCAGCGGAUGUCUUUGAGAACCCGAAGUUUGUUGCUCCAGCUUCGGGUCAGGCUAGUCCCAUAUGCUAUUCAACCUACCAGCGGGAGCUGAAUCAACUCUACUUGAUUGCAUCGCCUGCCCUCAAGACUGUUUUCGGCUCACGUACGCUAAGGACGUCUGAACAGCUGAACGGGGACACAUAUCUUGCACUAGUCAGACAGGCUACCGAGAACCUGCAAAAAUGGCGAUCCUGCUUACCGAGCCAUUUGGCUUUGGAUCUCAAUCGGGACUUCGAUCCUGACGAUAGGCCGAGCUUGAGGGCACAUGCCCUGCAAUCUCUGUCGCUGCAAUUGACUUACGACAAUGUUCUCAUUGUACUGCAUCGACCAUUGUUAGCACGGCAGGUUGAUCAUCUCUAUACCGUGAAUAAGCAGUCACCGGAUGGAAGCAGAACAGAUAACAUGAUGUACCAUUCGAACACUGCUCCCUCCUUGGCUCAGUCAAACUUAUCACCCGACUCCGCAUUCCCCCAUACCCAGACCACGAGUCCGGAUCUAUGGAUGAACGCCGCAACAAGAACAGCGAGGGUGACAGAAAUGCCGGCUCUAGCCCAGCUCGCCACUGACAGCCAUCUCGGCGCAUUCCUUGCGAUCAACCUAUUCAACGCCGCAAUCGUGUUAGCAGUAAUGGCUCUCUCAGAGCCUCUUUCCGAUACCGCCCAGGAAGUGAAACGCACAAUUACCCGCAUUCUUCGUCUGCAAGAUCUACUCGGAAGACGAUUCGCAUUAUCGAAACAAAGCACCGCCGUGCUAAAGAAUGUUGUCAUUAUGCACCUCCGUCGUGAAUCGGCUGCCAUGCUUGCUCCCAUCACCGGAACAAGUCAAGUAAUAGGUCACCAGCCUUUGCAGACCCUGGCCGAUCCGUUGAUUUCUGUCGAAGAUACGCUUCGCAUGCCGCUCGAUGUCGCUUGGGAUUCUCGCAAUCCUCUUGCUAGAGACCAGCGUCUGCCAGAUCUUAGCAGGGCUGAUCGUUUGAACAAUAGCUUGACAUCUGUACAAUAUGGUAAGCUUAUUAUCAGUAAGGUAGCUGAAAUCGUGGGACUUGGCUAA